AUGAGUUUUAACUAUAAUGCUAACCCAGUCGCAAACAUAAAGGAAAUACCUCAUCAUGUCUUAAUUGUUUAUGAUUCAAAAUUCUGUUCCGGAAGUCUCAUCGGAAGUAAGACAGUAGUGACCGCGGCCAGUUGUUUUUUAAAAAGAAAAGGCCAACAAAUCGUCGUGAAAGUGGGUGCAAAUACUAUGACUGGAAAUGGGCAAGUAAUCACUGUCAUAGAGCUUAAAAUCCACGAGUACUUUAAACAUUUAAGCAAUUCAGAUAACGAUAUAGCGCUACUGAUGCUUAAGAGUCAUGUGGUUUUUGGGUCAAACGUUAUUAAAACAGUUAAUGUAGAGUCAGAUGUUGCUCUACGUGUCGGCGCUCAAGUAAUAGUCUCGGGCUGGGGUAGUACAGACUUGCCAAUAAAAUAUUUGAACCUACUUUUACGUUCUGAAAUGUUAGUAAUAAACAGAAGAUUAUGCAAAAAACAUUAUGGCAAAUUAAUUACCCCAUCGAAUUUCUGUGUUAAGUAUAAUUUAGAGCAUCGUUUGAGCGAUAACGGCGGAGGUGCAAUUUUCGAAGAUAUGUUAGUCGGAAUUCUAUCGUCUGGAACCAGCAAGCAGAGCUAUAAAUAUGCUAUACUUACAAACGUUUCUUAUUUUCACAGGUGGAUCACGCUAAACACUAACCGAUUUCUGACAAAAUAUUGUCGCUAUAAAAAUGAUACACCAACCGAAGAAUCUUCAGAGUAUAAAGAUUAAUAAUGUAAAUGGCAAAAAAAAAUAUAUUUUUAAUAAUA